UAAGAGGGUGGCAACAGCCUAAGCCCUGAGUAGGGUGAGGGGCCACCUCCAUAUCUAAAUGUUAUCUAGGCUUGGGGAGGCAGGGGUAUGGGCUUGGGUUUGAGAAAGCUGGGCUUUGCAGUGCUUUGGAGUGAGAAGUUUGGGAUCCGUUGGCUGGGACAGGAAGGAGGGAGUCUGUGUUGGGCCAAAUUAAACUAUAGGCACCUGGGAACUAGGCCUAUCAAGUCUUAUUAAAGAAGGUCCUUGCAGGCAUGGGGCUAGAGGGCAGCUCCUGUGGUCCAGGUUGGCGUUUCAAGGAGCAUACAGGGCCCUUGGUUUACGUUUGGUGCCUUAAGAGGGAGCCUUUUAGGCCUUUCAGUGAUUGGCUAUCUUUGGGGACAGUGGCAGGAGAAAGGUAAUAUUGCUGGGGACAGAUUACACCCCCAAGAGGCUAAAGAUGAAUUGGCAACUCCCUCUGCAGUGCCCUCCAGUCCAAAGGUGAAGACAGGCCCCUUACAGAUCCUGCACCCUUUCUCUUUUCAGGGCCAGUCCCUGCCUCCCUGGCCCUCCAGCAUUGAGGCCCUCAGGCCCCAGUGGUUCCAGCUAGGGGAGGGCCUGAGCUUGAGCUGGGCAAGCAGCUCGGGGCCCCAAACCGGUUUUCCCACCUUGACUAGGGCUGGCACAUCACCCCAUGGUUCCCUCCCCCCCACACCUCCUUGCAGUUCUUCCUCUCUCCACCCUGGAAUGUUAAGGGGGGGAUAUCCAGGUUAUCUUUUGUCUCUUGCCUGCCCUGGGUGUGGUCCCUUCUAGAAAGGCAAAGCCACUAUGUAUUACUUUAAAACAAGAAGGUGGAGUGACUGUUCCCCACUUGGCCUUUUGCACUCCUGGGACACACGGAUCCCUUCUAGGCCUUCAAAACUAAGAGCAGAAAGCAAUUGGAAGUCCACUUACCAUCACCCCUCUCCUCAUCUGAGCCCUGGAGAGGAGACCAGAGAGUCAUGAGAAAGCCCAGCCUACCCUCUGGCCUGCUCUGGAGUAAGUAGGCGGGGGCAGUAGCCUUCUCCCAAGGUGCCCCUGGUCAAUCCAAGCCCCUCACCUCAAAUACCAACAAGGGAAAUCCCUUCUAUUUGUCUCCUGCCUAGAAGAACACCUUUUUUGUAGGAACUGAGAUCAUCUCAUUAUUGACACCAACUGAUGUUAAUAGGGCUCUUGCCACAUGCCAGGUAAUAUGCUAAGCACUUUAGAUGCUCACAAAACCCCUGUAAGGUAGGUAAAAACCAUGAGAAACAGGGAAUUACAGUAAUGUGCCCAAAGCCACACUACUAGUCUGUUGUGGAAGCAAGCUUGCUUCCCAGGCUGACCCUAGAAGUGGCCCUUUACUGCUACUCUGUGCCCCUUCACUAAAGAAGAACCCAUCUUCCUAACCCUCCUGAAGAUGUGGAAGAAUAGCUCUUCAGAGGGAGAUGAGGGGUGUGGAAGUGUCUACAGGAGCUCUUGCAACUCAUACCUAUAACCAACUCCCUGUCCAGCAGUCGCAUACAAAUACAGGUCUUCUGUAAAUACCCUUCCCAUUCUCCCCAUAACCCUGUUGGACAAGUAGUUGAGAACUACCCUCAUUUCACGAAGGAGGUAAUAGGGUUAUGGAGUUAAAUGACCUGCCUGAGGCACUGGCCUUGAGCUCUGGUGUUCUCCCUGGGAGUCAGGGUUACAUAUUAAAUGCCCCACCAGGACACUGCUGGGAAGGCGGGAGUGGUGACGGCCCAAUGAGCACAGAGCUUUGAGAAGGGGCCCAGCAAGGAGGCACUGUCACGCAGUCUGUCACACGGUCCAGAUGGGAAGCAGCAGAUUAACAAUGGAUGCCCAGAUAAAUCUGACAAACAUUGAGAUGCUGCUUUCACUUGGGACUGAUCAUUGAAGGAUCCAGAAGGAUCCCAGCCCCAGGGGAAGCAGGUGCAGAGGUUCUGGGACCUGGUUGGCUUUGGCAGGUCCCAGAGUAGGACAGUGGGUGGUCAGCAGGUGGCGUGAGUGCAGAGGUGAUUUCUUUUUCGGAGGCGGGAAAGACAAGGCCACCUAUAAUCGCCUUUUCAAAUCUGGGGCCUGAGGAGAGAUAACGUGGGAAAACUACAACUCCCAGAAGCCUCUGCCCCCUCCAGAGUCAAGGAUGGUUGCUAUGGUUUCAGAAAACAAUAUGGCUGCUCCCAGCUGGGACAGGAGUCUGGGGUUUAGAGAGGCAGAAGCCAGUCGAGGCGCUCGCAGUGGCGAGGGAGGAGGCGCUUGAGAGGUCGUGAGGUUGGAGCUGGACGCUGCACUGCUGGAACGGCCUGGUUUUGCUGAAGGCGCCAAUGGCAGGCAGCGUGGACGAGGAGGCGCUGCACCAGCUGUACCUGUGGGUGGACAACAUUCCUCUGUCCAGGCCCAAGAGAAAUCUCUCCCGGGACUUCAGUGACGGAGUUCUUGUCGCAGAAGUCAUCAAGUUUUACUUCCCCAAGAUGGUGGAGAUGCACAAUUACGUCCCUGCCAACUCUCUCCAACAGAAGCUCAGCAACUGGAGUCACCUGAACAGGAAGGUGCUGAACAAGCUGAAUUUCUCGGUACCGGAGGACGUGAUGCGCAAGAUCGCGCAGUGCGUUCCAGGUGUGGUGGAGUUGGUGCUGAUUCCGCUGAGGCAGCGUCUGGAGGAGCGGCAGAGGCGCGGGAAGCAGGGCUCAGGCUCCUUACAGGAACUGGCUCCGCAGGAUGGCACUGGCUACAUGGAUGUGGGUUUGUCCCAGAAGACCCGAGGGGAAGGUGACCCAGACCCUCAGGGAGAGGGGCAGCUCAGAGGAGGCCGGCUGCCAGCGCCCCGGCCUCCGGCGUAUAGCCAGGUGCUUCAUGGCGACCCAAGCUUCGUCCUCCAGAUUGCUGAAAAGGAGCAGGAGCUGUUGGCCUCACAGGAGACUGUGCAGGUCCUACAAAUGAAGGUGAGGCGCUUGGAACACCUGCUCCAGCUCAAGAACGUGCGCAUCGAAGACCUCUCCCGGCGGCUCCAGCAGGCGGAGCGUAAGCAGCGGUGAGCGGCGGCUCGGCCGCGCUGGGACGCCCCAGUACCCUCGAGAACCCACACCGCGACCGACGCACCCACCGACGGACGGACGAACGGACCCACCAACCGGCUGGCGGAGCCAGCAGCUCCAAAGAGCCUCCUGGGGCGUGAGCGCGCCCCUGCUUUUGGGGUGGGGGUGGGCGUGGAGCCCUCCAAGCGGAGCCCCAGGACUGAGCCACCUCCUUAUACUCCAUCCGGGU